AUCCAAAGGACCCUACUGAAAUAUGGGUAGGAAGCGAUUUAUCCAGCUAUGUCCUCUGGACUCCAAACUGCAAUGGAACAGAAGGGGAUCCAGUUACUCUCAGUCAUCCUCAUUUUAGGGCUCAGUGCACUGACUGAAGGAGCAGAAGCCCCAGCUCCAUGCAGAUGUAAUGUGGAUCCAAAAACCAGAGCGAACUGCGGGCCUCCAGGAAUCACUGCCGAGCAAUGUGAGAAUGCAGGAUGCUGCUUCAGUUCAGAAGUUCCUGGCGUCCCUUGGUGCUUCUCUCCUCUCCCAAGACAAUAUAAAAAGGUCUGCCCAGCAGAGGUAAAACUCAGACAGAACUGUGGUUACCCUGGCAUCUCAGCUGACGUAUGUGAGGCAAGAGGAUGUUGUUUCGAGUCAAAACCCCCUGCUGUCCCCUGGUGCUUUUUUCCUGAUCUGGUGGAAGAAGGUAGUUUAUGUGUUGAAAAAUGCAAUGUUGGUCAACCUGGCACUAUUUCUGAAUUGGACCCUUUUGGUUUUGACAAGCUUCAGAACAAAAAAGUGUAUAUGUGUUCAUUCCCUGUGAGCCCAGUGGUUUGGCCAUCUGCCAGACUGCAAACAACAAUGGAACACAAGGGGUGCUGGUUACUGGCAAUUGUCCUUAUUUUAGGGCUCAGCAGCCUGGCUAAUGGAUACAUACAGCUAUCUCAGGAGCAAUGUGCGCAGCAGCCAUCUGCCCGAGUGAACUGUGGCUAUCCGUACAUCAGUGCUGAGGAAUGCAACAACAGAGGGUGCUGUUUUGAUGACAGUAUCGUUGGUGUCAUCUGGUGCUUCUUUCCUAGGACAGAGGAAGAAUGUGACAUCUAG